AUGUCGAAUAAGGAGGCUGGCGGUGGACAGGAGCAGCAAGAUGAGGACACCAAGGUAUACCCUUCUCGAAAGGUCGUACUGCCUGCUAUGGCUGCUGUCUAUAUGGCUGUCUUCCUUGUGGCACUGGAUCGAACGAUUAUCGGCACUGCGAUACCAACCAUUACCAACGACUUCCAGAGUUUUGGAGAUGUCGCAUGGUACGAGUCAGGGUUUCUGCUUCCUCUCUCCAUAUUCCAAUUGUCCUUCGGCCUGGUGUACAAAUACUAUUCGACGAAAUGGGUUCUCCUCUCCCUUGUCGCAAUCUUUGAAAUUGGGUCCAUAAUAUGUGCAGCGGCUCCAAACUCAAGCGCUCUCAUCGUCGGUCGGGUUGUUCAGGGCAUUGGUGGAGCAGGAAUUUCAGCAGGUGCAUUCCUGCUCGUCAGUCUGUUGGUGCCGCUACAAGCAAGGCCUAAAUACCUCGGCGGUCUGGGAGCUGUGUUCGGGGUUGCGUCAAUCAUCGGUCCAGUACUUGGUGGCUAUCUGACGGCGGUAUCGUGGCGUUGGACCUUCUGGAUAAAUGUUCCCGUCGGAGCAUCAUCACUGGUCCUACUCUUCUUCCUUACCCCGAGUCGUCCACCUCCAACUAAGCCAGCAGACACGGCACUAGGCAAGCUCAAGCAGUUGGAUCCGCUAGGUUUCGCACUGAUUGCGCCAGCCAUAACAUGCUUGCUGUUUGCUAUCCGGUGGGGUGGAAGCGAGUACAGCUGGAGCAACUACCGCGUCAUCGUCUUAUUUGUCGUCUUUGGCGUUUGUGGUGUGGCCUUCGUGGCAUGGCAAGUUCGGCAGAAGGACAAAGCAACAGUACCUCCUAGGAUUAUCCUGCAACGCAGUGUGCUUGUGGGCUGCAUAGCGAGCAUAGGCAUAGGAUCUGUGUUAGUGAUCUACGCCUUUUACCUACCGAUUUGGUUCCAGGUUAUUCAGGGAAAGUCACCAGAGAGCUCAGGUUUGUCCUUGAUACCGUUACUCCUGAGCAAUGUUCUUGCCGUCGUUGGUGGUGGCAUUGCGACGAGUGCUUUGGGAUACUAUACGCCGUUUCUGAUCGGCGGAAGUGCUCUUCUUGUUGUUGGCGCAGGAUUGAUUACCACCUGGGAAGCCAACGUUGGAGCUGGCAUGUGGAUCGGAUAUCAGAUCGUUGCAGGACUAGGGCUCGGUCUUAUCCUUCAACAGCCCACGGUCGCCGCGCAAGCUGUCUUGCCCGAGAGUGAUCUGUCGAGAGGCCUCUCACUAUUGCAAUUUGUCAACAUACUUGGAGGAACGAUUUUCGUCACCGUGUCGCAAACUUUGCUUGACACCAGAUUGUCUCAAGGCUUGAAUAACAUUCUGCCAAACUUCGACCAUCGCACGAUCAGUAAUGGCGAUGCAGCAUCACUUCGGAAUCUUGCGCUAGAGAACGAUACGUCGAAGGUCCUUAAAGUCUACAAUGACUCCACCAGAUUAAUUUGGUACUUGGCUUUGGCAUUAUCCUGCUGGAUAUUUGUGUCGUCGUUGGGUAUGGAGUGGAAGAGUGUUAAGAAACAGGACAAGAAAUCCGAAAAGGCGAGACCGUGA